AUGUCUGGUGAUACGAGCGAGGAUGUUCUUGGUGCUCUCAAAUCGAAUAAGUUUUCGGCAUCACUCGCUUUAUUGAUGAUAAGCCAUCUCAUUUUGAUCGUGCUAGAUCGGGCUUACUAUCGUGCAAGUUGCAUGAACGACACAGGCACUAUUAACAUCGAUUUGUCUCAAACCGACAUUGCGUUUACUACGAAUGACACUUUGACGGAGACGUCAACUGUUGAACGCUGCCGAAUGUCUGUGAAGAGGAAAAUCCCUAGAGUUGCCAUGGGAUGGUUCAUCUUCCGUGCAAUCCUGUUGGUGGCCAUAGUGCUCGCUCUGCACAUAACGAUUCUGGCCAAUCUGGUCCCGGAUAGCGAUGCUUCUGGCUUCACUCCGGUCAUCCAAAAUUGGGCUAUGUCCAUCUACUACAUGGUUUUCAUACUCUACUUGGUGGUAUCGUUGAUGCAGCUCAGAGACGGUGUUCCACGAGUUUGGCGCGACUCCCUUCGACCGGACAAGUCGUGGAAUGCAGUACGCAACAUGGUUGCUGGCUACGCUUUCUCAGCCUACAAGGUCAUCCCGUUCCUACAGGAGAUCCGAACAACGGUCGAUUGGGCGGUCACUCCGACCUCGCUAGAUCUCUCCCAGUACUUCCUCUUGGAAGAUGCUCACAAUAAUUUCUGGGAUGUCUCGGGAGAAAUGGACGAUCGCCGCGAGAACUGGCCAGCCGAGCGUAAACAGUUCUGGUGGGAGAAGUGUAUGUCGGGCUGUUGUCUGACCGUGAUACUCGUGAUUAUCAUCACACUUCCCAUUAUGAUAUUCUCAACCCUCUCGCCCUUCUCUAAGAACGCCUAUAUCACUGAAGCCUCUAUGAAGGUUUCUUUGAAUAUCCAAUCUUGCGAGAGCGACUGCGAAUCGCCCUAUUACAUAUUCCAGGAUCUUUACUCGUCACCAAUUUUGCACUCGGUCCAGAUCACUGGCUCUGCCGCUACAAAGUUCCUUCAGACUCAGCCGGGUGUGUCUACUGAUGCGGCUGUACAGAACAUCAGUUUCCCACUCGGGAGUUCGACGGUUAUUCAAGCCAGUCCAAAUAAGAUUCGUUCUCUCACUGAUCUGAUAGGGACAAGCACGCUCGAGCAUAAUCUGAGAGUUGAGCUCAAGCUGGCAGUGUCGUGGUCUCGAUCCAACAAUGUUGGUUACACUUCUUCUGGGGACUUUGACAUGAGUCUAUGCGGUUGUGACGAUGGCGUGGUACAAACAACUGGCAACUUAUGCAAAGAGUGCUCUCUCGGUGCAUAUCCUCUCCAGUUUGACGACUUCCGCACGAGCAUAAGCUCGCUCCUUGGUAAUCCCACGGCUAGUGUCUUAUUCCCUAACUUCGGUCCUAGUAUCGUCCACAUUGACACUAAUAAUGAAGCUCAGUGGAAUGGCUACUCGAAGGAUCCGUCGAUGUGGUAUUCCCUCGUCUCUUCUAUCACGGGGUCACAAGGAAGUCAGUUUGCUUCGAUGGGAAACUCUGAAGAUGACAGCUGCCCAGUUGGAGGUGGAGUGGUAUGUUCUAAUGAUGGUUCUACUGGCUUCAACGGCGUCGGCUUCACAUUGAUGCUUGAUAAGGUUUUUGGUGGUAAUGAGGUCGGCGGCUUCUUAUCCCUCGGCAUCUUGGGUUUCUACAUCACAAUCAUCUACGCUAUUGGCCAGUUCAUUCGUGUCAUGUUCCAGGACGCCUCCCAGAAGGUCAUCUACUCGGAGAUUCCCAACCCGCAAGAGCUUCUCGAUCUCAUCAGCGGUGUGGCGAUCGCUCAGGUAUACGGCGAUACACGUCGCGAGUUCGUUAUGUACAACUGUCUUGUGAAGAUAUUGCGAUCCCCAGAGACACUCAUUGCGAUUGGUGGAGCCGAUCUGACGGGUUAUGGUGCUCACAGGAAUGACCAGCCUCCUUACCCUGAUCUGCUCGGGCCCCUGGAUAACCAUCCCCCACCAAUACGGUCCUCAGAGUCUAGCGGAGCUGGUCACGCUGAGUCUGGUGAUGUACGUGAGACCCCACAUGCUGGAGUGGCUGCUACGGUAGACACUGGCCCGAGCCCAGAUGUAAAUCUCACCAAUGCAGUGCAACUUGCGGAGUGUCACUCAAACGUCCAAGAUGGCGGCAUGGCGGACGAUGCGGUUCCCAAUGAUAUCCCUAGAGAAACUACUGGCGACAUCGACCCAAGGAGUAGCUCGAUGACGGAUCAUCCGUCACGGAUGCCCUGA